AUGAGCAAAAUUUGCAUAUCUAACUGUGUAAAUGAUGCAAGGAUUCCAGCCAGGGCCACUUAUGUCAACCUGUACAAGUGGCCGGAAUCCGAUGCCGAGUUCGUGAAGUCAGCCGCGACGCACGGUGGAGCGCGGCUGCAUAGUAGAGUGGUGGAGAGUAUUUCAUGCAGGCAAAUGUAUCUCAGAAGCUACACAUUUUCAAGAAAGGAGACGGUGACUGAAAGAACCAUCAAGUGUUUUGGGAAGGUCAGAGAGAGGGUGGUAGCCGGGAGAAAAGAGAAGAAACGGGUGUGGCGCAGGCGAUGGCGGAAGGGACGGAGGCGGAGGCGCUUGUUGGCCAGGAGAGUGAAGGAGUAUUCACGCGCGGCGUUGUGCGCUAUUUUCCGGAGAAUGCUGCUCUGUACUACUACUGUCGAUGUUGUUGAUGGUGGCGUUUAG